GCGGUUUCUCGCCGCUCACGCCGUGUCCCCGCGUCCCCAGGCUCGCCGCUCCCGGCCGCUCCGAGGGCUCUGCUAUGAUCUGCGGGCGCCGGGAGCAGCAUGGGCAGCGUCAGCAGCCUCAUCUCCGGCCACAGCUUCCACAGCAAGCACUGCCGCGCCUCCCAGUACAAACUCCGCAAGUCCUCGCACCUCAAGAAGCUCAACCGCUACUCGGACGGGCUGCUCCGCUUCGGCUUCUCGCAGGACUCCGGCCACAAAUCCGGCUCCAAGAGCAGCAAGAAUGAGGAUUUCUUUUACAUCAAGGUCAGCCAGAAGGCGCAGCGGCCGGACUACACGGCGCUGGGCGGGGGGGAGCUGGGCGUGCCCGCCGGCAGCAGCGGGCUGGACUUCGGGACGCCCACGCCGCAGAAAAUGAUGCCCUUCCCCAGCCAGCUGGAAGUGGCCGGGGAGAAGCCGCUGCCUCGUCCCACGGCCUUCAAGCCGGUGCUGCCCCGCUCUGGGGCCAUCCUGCACUCGUCCCCCGAGGGCGGGGCGCCCCUGGCCCAGCAGCUGCACCCCCCGGAGAAGGGCAAGGAGCAGGAGCUGCGGCCGCUGCCGUGCUCGGGGGCUCUGUCCGACUCGGGCCGGAAUUCCAUGUCCAGCCUGCCCACCCACAGCACCAGCAGCAGCUACCAGCUGGAGCCCCUGGUCACCCCCAUGGGCCCCAUCAGCCGCUUCGGGGGCUCUGCCCACAACAUCCUGCAGUGCGCCAUCAUCCAGGACAGCAACAUGAUGAGCCUCAAGGCCAUGUCCUUCUCAGACGGCGGCAACAAGAUCCUGAACCCCGGCAAGGCUCCCCACCACCGCCCCGGCGCCGAGAAAAGCGCCUGCGUGCGCUCGCCCAUCGCCACCGAUGAGUCCACCAUCCAGGAGCUGGAGCAGAAGCUGCUGGAGAGGGAGGGGGAGCUGCAGGAGCUGCAGUCGAGCUUCGAGGAGAAGGAAAUCAGCUCCUGCCAGGCCUACGAGGAGAAGCAGCGGCGCUGCAAGGAGGAGCUGGAGGGGCUGAAGCAGAAAUGCAACAGCAAACUCAAGCAGACGUCGCAGAAAACGCAGCGGACGCAGCAGGUGCUGCACCUGCAGGUGUUCCAGCUGCAGCAGGAGAAGCAGCAGCUGAGGGAGGAGCUGGAGAAGCUCGUGAAGGAGCAGAACCUGCUGGAGACCAAGCUGAGGUCCUACGAGAAGGAGAAGACCAGCUUUGCCCCGGCGCUGGAGGAGACGCAGUGGGAGGUGUGCCAAAAGUCCGGGGAGAUCUCUCUGCUGAAGCAGCAGCUGAAGGAGUCGCAGACCGAGCUCACCACCAAGACCACGGAGAUCCUGAGCCUGAAGGCGCAGCUGAAGGAGCUGAGGCUGAAGAUGGAGGGGCUGGAGAUGAAGAGCCAGGAGCUGGAGGUGUCGCUGCGCACCAAGGCCAUGGAGCUGGAGGUGUGCGAGAACGAGCUGCAGCGCAAGAAGAACGAGUCGGAGCUGCUGCGGGAGAAGGUGAACCUGCUGGAGCAGGAGAUCGUGGAGCUGCGCUCCGAGCUGGCCGCGCUCCGGGAGCAGCUCAGCCAGCCCCGGGAGGGGCCCCGGCCGGGCGGGGACGAUGCCCAGGCGCUGCAGGGGCAGCUGGAGAGGCUGCGGGCGGAGCUGCAGGCGGAGCGCGACAACAACGAGCAGAUGAGCUGCAGCUUCCAGCACGAGCGGCAGACGUGGAAGGAGGAGAAGGAGAAGGUGAUCCACUACCAGAAGCAGCUGCAGCAGAGCUACCUGCACAUGUACAAGAGGAACCAGAGCCUGGAGAAGAUGCUGCAGCAGCUGGCGGCGGGCGAGGACGGCAAGGAGCCCAUCGAGCUGGAGAUCCCCGGCGCCGACGUCCCGUACGAGGACAUCAUCGCCACCGAGAUCUGAGCCGAGCCUGAGCCGAGCCUGAGCCGAGCCUGAGCCGUGUCCCGUCCCCUCCUCGCUGUACAGGCC